CCUCGAUUGAUUGGCUCUGAAAUUGUCUACUAAUUUUCGUACUUUGUAUUUUAUUAAUAUUUUAAAUUAUGAGUUAUAUUAAAACUGUUACUCUGUAAAAUAUAUUGUUUACGUUUCUUCAUCUCUUUUCUUAUAAAUCACUUACUUCUCAACAAUGGACGGCUAUACAGCAAAAAAAUCAACAUCAUUCGAAACUUUAGUGAUUCAAAAUAUUACCAACGUCAACGAAUUAAAGGCAAAACUCAGCGGCAUAAUUCUAGCGGGGGAAGAUUACCAAUAUGACGUUUCCGACUCUAUGAAAGUCUUGCUUACCAGUACUGAUCAAGACAUAGUGCAGUUAUGCAUAGAAGCGAUCGCAGAACUUGUAAAAUGUGAACAGAAACGCGAUUCAUAUGCUAACAAAAACAUAAUUGGACCUAUUUUGGAUCUGUUGCGGAAAGAAACUGUUUCAGAUAAUAUUGAGCCUGUUAAACAAUGCUGCAGAGCUCUGGGCAAUCUGUGCUGUGACUGUGACACAUCCAGGCGACUGAUUGUGAGCUUGGAUGGUAUACCACUACUUGUGAAAUUGCUGGAGAGAAGUAUUGACCUGCGGCUAGAUGAGAUACAAACAUUGGCUAGCAAGACACUACUGAACUUUGCAAUUGGUGGGGCAGAGUUCACAGAGAUAAUAUUUCAAGCAGGAGUGGUUGAUUUGGUACAGAGGAUGUUAAGUAUAGAACUUAAAAGGGAUGAUUUUGAUGAUGAUACACUGUCUACAUGCUUGUUGAUAUUGAGUGUUAUAAAUGACAACACACCGGAGUUGCUGUACAGCGAAGUGGUGAACAAGACUAUAUUGCAGGUGUUGAGGGAGUCCCUUAAUAUGGAGAUCUCUGAACUGUGUCUGGAUCAUUUGCAUGCACAGGCUGAACAUGAGUCAGUAAAGACAUUGAUUGCUAAAGAAGGCGGGGUGCAGCUAGUGUGUAAUCGCCUUGAAGAGCUGGUUACGAGACAUACUGCGGGGGAACUGAACGCUGCUGACACAGAAGUAGAGGCUCUCAUGAAACAGGCCUGUGAACUGGUCAUCAUUGUGUUGACCGGAGAUGAAGCAAUGCACAUCCUUUACAAUAAAGGUGUGUCAGAGGUUUACCAAACAGUUGUGAAAUGGCUGGACUCUCCAAACCACCAGUUGUUGACCACCGCAGUGCUGGCAAUAGGCAACUUUGCCAGGCAGGACGACUACUGCACACACAUGAUGGAAGAUAAGAUAUUUGACAAGCUGCUGGAUAUUUUCGAGGUCUACAACAACUUCAGCAUUCAGAUUCAGAAGGAACCAGAGAAAAAGCACCCUAUUGACCCGAUAACAGUGAUCAAACUCCUUCACGCGGUUCUCUCGUCACUGCGGAACUUGGCCGUGCCGGUGGCGAACAAACGAGUGGCGGCGGCGCAGGGGAGGGCCGCUCCCAUAGGGUGUAGCGAAGCAGUUGGCCAACAACCCGGUGGCGCUGGCGACGGUGGCCAGGUGGGGCCACGCGGCCGAGUGGAUGGCUGUAUAUCAAGUCUAGUAAACAUGCUCGUAGCAUCUCACUCACUGAUGCAGAACGAAGCCAUACUCGCCCUGACACUGCUCGCAAUAGAAUCACUCAAGAAACUAUCACCUGACAGCCAAACAGAAUUCGAUUACGAAAAGAGCUUUGUCGAACAGUUAAUAAAGUCUGAAAUCGGUAAGCACGUCACCAUACUAAUAGACACAAAUUGUGCAAAAAUGCCUGUUGAGGUAGCUGAAAAUUUACUCGCGUUUUUGGACAUAACGUCUAAGAUAAACAAACUUGCUGUGGAUUAUAAAGAUGCUAAAGUCCACGAAUGUUUAAUGAAAUUCUCAGAUUCAAGAGCUGAUCUGACAACUGACAUGAAAUCGUGUAUUUUUGGUGUUUUCUCAUCUAUUACUAACAACGGGAAAAAUGAUUAAAUUAUCACUGAAUGCUCUCAAGGGAAGUGAAGAUACCAAAAUACCAAAUAUUUUAAGUUUGAUGUUGAAAUGAUGAAUGAUUUACUAUGAUUAUGUGAAUGUUGCAACAUUAUGAAUUCAAGAUUUGUUCUAAUUAUUGUGAUGUAACUUGGAGCAAAGCAAAUAUGGUGGGUCUGUCAGGCAUGGAAGGUAACCAUCAAAACCUUAAAAUCUAUAGUCCCUGUAAAAAGUACUUAUAUGGCCCAAGCCUAAGUAACAACUAUUUGUAGUAAAUAUUAAUUUUCGAGCAAUUAUUUAAUCAAUUCUUAGUCUAUGCAUGUGUGAUAAUCAUGAUAAAAAGUUUUAAGUCUAAGAAGUGGUUAAUCACUAGUUUAAUCAUUUAAAUUUUAUUAUUAUUCUUAAACUUAUUUAGAUUUGUGCCCGGUUCUUGUAAUGCAAAAGUAAGUAAGCUAAUUUACCAAUGAGUGAAGCCAAACAGUUCCUCUAUGUUUAACCCAUCGGAAACGAAAGAGGCCGGGCAGUCGUAAAUCAAGAUAUUAUAUAAACAAUCCUCCUACAAUUUUGUAAGCUUUUUAAAACUCUCUCUAGUCAUAGUUUUAAUCUUUCUCUAUUUGAGUAAAUGCUAGAAUUUUAUGCAUUUAAACUUUACUGUGUAAUGUUUAAGCGUAUUUUCGUAUGUAAGACAAUUAUUUUUGCAAUUCUCUCAAGUUUUUACAUUCCAACAUUUGAAAAUUUGCCUAUUACCUAUUAUACUGUCGAUGUUAUUAUCCUAUUUGAUGAUAGCUUGCUUGUGGACUAGAUCAGAAAUUAAUGCCUAAGUUUCAUUUCACACAACUUAAAAGACAAUCAAUUGUUUCCUUUCAAAAUUAGAACUUAAUUUUCUUCAUGCACUAUUUACUUAAGUGCUACUCGGACAAAUACUUUCCGGAGUAUGCACAUAAUAAAGAAACGAAAUACUUCUUGUACCUUUUGGUAUCUGACUUAAUUUUUGUACACACAUACAAAAACAGUAAAAUUAAUUUCUGAUCAAAAUAAAUAAGAAAAUGUAUGGUUGUAAAUUGUACUAAUUACAAUUAGAUGACAGCGAUUCUAAAGAAAUACUCAAAGUACAAUGUAGGUUCACAUAGUGAAUCAUAUGGAAAUGUUGAAAUAUUCAGAUUUUUCGCAAAUAUUGCUUAAAUAAUAAUAUAAAGUCAAAGUAACGAAGUUAGCGUGGACACGCCUCUAGAUAGAACUUAGACAAUACAAAGGACACAACAGAAGCGGAUAGAUCUAGAUUUUUGAAAUACCUAAUCAAUUUCUUUUAAAUCCCAAUUUACUUCAGCUGAAACUAUUUUUAUUUAAAAUGCUUUCCGAAAUUGUACUUAAAAGUUAUUUUAU